AGAGCAUGUUAGCACGCACGGGUUGCAGACGGAGCAGUGUUCGAUGUGCAACAAGUGGUUCGCUUCACUGCGACAUCAUACUCCACGAUGUGGUAACCACGCCGAUUACCAUGACAGCUCCGAGUCUUCUGAUGAUUCCAGUGAAGAAGCGCUGACGUCUCGAAAAGCUGGGAAGGUUGAAUCUUCAAAGAAACACUUUCAGUGUGUUGAAUGCGUGAAGGAGUUUCGUUCGCGUGCCCUUUUGCAGGCGCACAUGAAGACUGAUCACCCGGCACUGAAAUGUAUGGUUUCUGACGAAGUGUUCGGGAGUGAUGAUGAUCUGCAGCAGCAUAUGCUCGCUCACAGCAACAAAAAUCAGCUGAAAUGUGAAAUCUGCAAGAAAACGUUCCAGUCAUCGCGUAUCUUUGCGGCGCACGUCAGAGAGCAUGAAAACGGGAAAUUAUCUGAACCUGUUGCAGAAGAGCUUGUGCCUAAUGAAUGCGUAGUGUGCCGGAAGUCAUUUGCGGAUUUUCUUCAGCUGAAUCAGCACGUGAAAAAGCACAAUGUUAACGGUGGAUUUGACUGCGCGAUGUGUAAUGAAGCGUUUCCCUUCUAUCAUUUAUUAUCGCGCCAUGUGAUGGAGGAACAGCAUUGGCGUCCGAAAACCGGCUUUCCAUGCAGCGUCUGCGACGAGGAGUUGCCGGAUGAAAACGCCUUGCAGUUGCAUUUAUUUACGCACCAUGAUGCGGAGUUGACGGUCAAGUGUUAUCUGUGCGCGGAACGUUUCACGUGCAACGGCGAUCUCGACGUGCACAUUGCUGCCGCGCACGCAAUGGCAAAUGUGGAUGAUUUCGAAAUGGAGAUGGAUGAGGAGGUUGGCCGGGAAUGUUAUCGGGAAUUGAUGGCGGGAUUGACCGACGACAGCAACGAAUACUGAUCGUUGCAGGACUUUCUGAUCCGCAUCUGCUGGAAUAGCGGCAUGUUAACGACUGUGGUUUGAAAGCUGUUCGCUGAUAUUACACUUCGGUAUCGGCUUGUGUUUUGAUAUUUUUGUAUUAAAUACCUUCUGUGAUACCAUGGGGAUAUAAGUGAAUACUUUCCAAGCAAAAUAUUAGUGGGUUAUUGAUGGGAAUCUGUUGUCAACUGGCUGUUUCAUUUAGACUGAUUUAGUUUGUGCAAUCAUUAACGGGUCCAUUUGGUGGUAUCGGUGUGAGUACGCAUUUCAGGGAUUCUUUUAGUCUGUUGUUGCCUUUGUUUUCUACAUGCUAGGGGACAGUGUUUAUGUAAAGACGCUGUCGAUUUUGUAAAGAAUUCCUCGAUAGAA